AUGGCCAACACCACAUCUGCUUCGAGCGACCAGCUCCUAAUCAACGCGGCGGCGCUGGAGAAGUUUGCGGACCAUGAGCAGCUCAUUGGUGCACGUCGGAAACGCCAAGAAGGAGACGAAGACGAAGAGGGAGACGGGGACAAAGAAGCGCAGAAGCGCCGCGUCGCCUCGAAGCAGUCGCGACGCCACAAUUGGCAGCCCAAGUACGAGCUCGAGUUCGGACUUUUGGCGAUAGAAAAGGACGCCGUAUCAGGGGAUGUGCUGCUGGCUAUGUGCGGCUUUUGCAAGCUCUUUGGACGGGAAGGCAAGUACGAGCAGCUCGUCCAGCAGGACCAGGAGACUGGCAACGACGCCAAGAAGAGACGCCGACGGUCGCUGACCACGACCAAGUUCUUCCGGGCGUUUCGAGUGGAUAAUAUCCGCAGCCACUUGCAGGGCGCCCAUCCAAAACGAUGGGCUGAAUAUGAGAUGCUGCCUAAGCAGGAUGCAGUGCGGGCUCGGUACUUGCAGCUGCAAGGGGAAGUGCAGCCUUAUGACCAUCUUCCGAUCGUGGAUGAUGUGGUGCUGGGGAGCGCGGAGCUCCAUGCUGAAGGCGAAAUGACCUAUGACCAAGCACAAGGCCUGGUGCAAGCUUCGGUGAUAGGUGAGGCACAGCACGCUGUGGUGCAAGCGGCGGUGCAAGCUGAAGCGGUGCAGACGUCGACUGGGCUUACUGGAGGUGGGCACAGUACGGCCCAUUUGACGGCGUCUUUGACUUACAGUGGUAAGUCAGAGAACGCAGCUUCAGGUGCACCCUCAAGCACGACUUCGGCGACUUCUAGUGUACGAAGCACGUUUGACUAUGAGAAACAUUUGACGGAGCAGAUCAUGCUAGACCGGGAGCGACUGGAGUUUGAGAAGACUCGAUUUAAAAAGGAAGUUGAGCUGCGCGAGCGCGAGCUGGCACUUCGCGAGAAGCACAUGGUGCAGAAGACUGCACUGCACGAGAGGCUGUGCAAGGCCAGUCGGGACAGCGCACAACUCGAGAACGCCAAGUUCUUUAGUCUAGCUGAAGUAUUGCGAGACACGGUCACGGGCGCGCAAAACUCAUCUGAAUCGGCAUCCAUAGUGUAA